UUCACAAGCAAAUCAGUUCUCCUUCUUCCUCUUCAAAUACCCACAGAGGAAACUUCCAGAAGAAGUCAGAAGCUAAAAAAAAUGGUGUUAAUCGAAGUAGCUUCUGAAGAAGCAAAAUCAAACUCCAAACCUAGACAAACAUCUGAAUCAACGACCACAAAUGUUUCGCCGCCCGCCGACAGUUCUUCGGCGGCGGCGGCGGAGAAAGCGCCGUCUGGUAACGCCUCCGAUGGAUACGAAACAGCGAGCGAUACCGAACUGAACGAGACCGGAAAUGGAAGUAAUAGAGAAUCUGAAAAAACAGUCAAUACGGCGUCGUCUUCUUCUGAUGGCGAUUUGAAGGAGAAGACGCAGCAGCCGGAAACAAAUCUAGAACAGUUGAAUGAGCAGAAAGCCUUGGCUCAAGCAAAUGAUGCAAAAAUUGAAGGCAAUACAUUGUUUAAGGAUGGGCUUUUUGAAGAGGCAUUGUCUAAAUAUGAGCUAGCAUUACAAGUUGCAGCAGAUGUUCCUUCAAGUAGUGAAAUUCGUUCAAUAUGCCAUGCUAAUCGUGCAGCUUGUUUCUCUAAACUGGGAAAACAUGGUGAGACAAUCAAGGAAUGCACAAAAGCAUUAGAACUAAAUCCUACAUAUAUGAAGGCUCUGGUUAGAAGAGCAGAGGCACAUGAAAAGCUUGAACACUAUGAUGAGGCUAUUACUGACAUGACAAAGAUCUUGGAAUUGGAACCCUCAAAUGACCAAGUUAGGAGAAGUGUGAUGCGUUUAAAGCCAUUAGCUGAUGAGAAGCGAGAAAAGAUGAAAGAAGAGAUGAUUGGCAAGCUCAAAGAAAUGGGAAAUUCCAUUUUGGGUCGAUUUGGUAUGAGUGUCGACAACUUCAAAGCAGUUAAAGAUCCAAAUACUGGUUCCUACUCAGUUUCGUUUCAGAAGUGAUGUGGGUUAGCCGCCAUGUUGACAUAUAAAUUUCAAUUUUCUUGAAUGAAAGAUUAAGCAGAACAUUCGAGCAUGCUGGUUUUGAACAACGCAUGACAGUAUUGCUUUCAAGUAUAUAGGUUUUGGCAAUAAGUUUGAAUUUUGAUGUCUCUAAAGGUGAAAGCACAUGGGCUCGUAGCCUUGAUGUUUCUAUUUUUGCAUGACCAGUGGAGUUUAGACCUUAUAUUUGAUGAAAUCUAGUUAUGAUUUCUGUG